AUGGCAAAGGCUGUAAUGGUGAGGUGCUACCUUCUGUGUUUAUUAACUCUUGCAGUCUGUUGUGCCUGUGGGUUAGUAUGGGCUGAUAGUCCUAAAGCUUCUGAUGCCUUUAUUAAACCUUCCACUAUUGGUGUUCCUUCUCUUGUUCGUCGUGCCGUCACUGCGCUUUUUUUCUCUCCUUUCUGUGGAGAUGAAGAAGAAGUAAAAACAAAAUGGGGGGAGUUCGAGGAGGAGGAGGAGAAAAAGGGUCAGGAGGCUCCUGGUAAUUCAGAUUCUUUGGGUGGACAUAUAUCCAUUGCUUCUGGCGGAUCGGGACGUAGGUCUGGUUCUAAGCAGCUGGUGGCACAGUCGGAAGAACAAAUGCAAGGGAAACUUGCAGUAGUUGAAGGUGGGAGAGAUGAUGGGACACGAAGGACAGAGAUGUCGGACCAAAACAUAAGAGCAGAAAUCAGCGGUUCAGCUGAAAACUCAAAUGUUAAAGAACAAGGAGAUUCCACUGUUGCAACCCCAUCUCUUUCUGCACAACAGUCAGUAACAGGUCCAGUUGGAACUGAUAGACCCAGUGGACAAAACCAAAAACUACCUGAACCUUCAUUAAAUGAAGGCGAGCAUGGACCUCAACAAGAAAAUCAAUCGCCAGAAGAAAAGAAGGAGGGUAAAGACACAAAAGAUGCACAAAGCCGAGAGAACACAGACUCAACAGGAUCAAGUGAUAAUGAAGGGAAAGAGACAUCUGGUAAUGCACCUCAGAGUUCACCUGAGAAUUCUUCCAACACUUCACCCUCACAGAAUGCAGGAGAGUCUGGAGCUGCAGAGACUGGACCAACAAGUAACCCAAAUGAGGGAGGAAAUACAGAUACAACCACCACUACCUCCUCAAACACCACCACAACAACAACCACAACAACAACAACAACAACACUUCCUCCUGAACUCACAAACAACAAGAAGGGUGAUGCAGACAGCAGCAGUAUCAGCAGUUCUGUGUGGAUGCGUGUACCACUACUGAUUGUGGUUACACUGGCCUGUAUUCUUGUGUGCUGA